CCUAGAAAGAUACACGUCGGCAAAAUUUUCUCAACCCGUUACGAGCCGCGAUGUUUCGAAAAAUAGUCGUCAUUCUAUUCCUAGUUUCCUCGACUUUGGGCUGUCUGAUAAUCAACUGCCCGCGAGGCGGAAAAAGAGACGGAGGAUUCAAUCCGUUUAAAUAUCAGGUCAGAGAGUGCUCCGCCUGCGGACCCGACAGGCAAGGACAAUGUUUCGGGCCGAAGAUUUGCUGCGGUCCUUCGAUUGGAUGUUUCUUCGGUACCGCCGAGACUCAUAAAUGUCGGAAAGAAAGUCUUUAUUCGAGACCAUGCACAGCUGGGUUUGCAAUGUGCAGAGGAAAUACCGGCCGAUGCGCAGCUAAUGGAAUUUGCUGCUCACAAGAGUCAUGUUACGUGGAUCCAAAUUGUAAAGUCAGAAGUGAUAUAAUCCAAAUGAGUAAACAGGCUACAAGCUUCGACAUGGACAAGAUUUACUCUGAGAGCAAUUCUCUUAACGACGAAUAAUGCGACUAUAAUUAAGUUUGCGACCAUGAAAUCCUUUUAUUUGCUUCUUUGGGCUUAAGUCAAUUCAGUAGAAAGAUUUUUGAUAAAGCGAGUGUGUCUUGUUUGUUAGUGUACUCGAAAUAAAAAAUUACUACUAAGAACCAUUUGCUCCGUCAGCUGUGGAGAAUUAGCCGAACGAAAGUUUUCCGUGACCCUUUUGCUUCUGGAAGCGAAUAAGCAAGACACACCCGAUAUCGAGAAUCAAGCUUUUUCGUUGUUUGUAAUUAGACGCCUGAUUCGAUGCAAUACGCACUCGAAAUGUGUGUGAAAAAUAGCGAAAAGGAAACAUGUAAGUGAAAAAAUAAAUUACAGUUCACAAAAUAAUUAAACGUUGAAUAU